AUGGAUUUCAGCUCAACCCGAGUAGUUAAUAAUUGGCAGAGGAAGAGCAAGGAUUGUAGCUCUUGCAAGUGUAUUGAUGUUUUAAAUCAUCAAGCGUGUAAUUCAAAUUGUUUAGGUGAGUCUAGAAGGGAACAAAAUCUUAUAGCACAAAAAAUCAAUUCAAGCUUAAAAGAGCCUAUAGGUGCGACAUUAUCUCGAUCCCUAAAUUUCGAGCAUGCAAAUGUAGAGUCCAGAUUGGCAAAGCUCGAAUCUGGGAUUAAUGAAUUCAAGCAAGCUAUUUCAAGACAGCUACCUGCAUGAAAAGAAUUUUCAUCCCUUUCAGACAAAGUCCCAAAAAGAGCUCAAAAAGAGAGUAAAAUCAUCAAUUUUGAACAGAGAAUUAAAAACCUGAAUAGCAAUUUAGACAGACUUGAAUUUGAUUUGAGUAUAAAGGCAGCUGAGCAUUAUGAUAAUUUUGAUAGAGCGUCAAUUUUACCUUUGAAUGAGUCUGGAAAUGAAGAAAAACAAAACUUGAGGGUUUGUUAUGAAUAAAUAAAUAUAUGGCGUCUUGGCACUUCGCGAUGGGCUGCACCGACUUCCUUCAAGCGCACAUUUUAUUAUACCCGGCAGGAUUUUGUCAUCCCAGAAAUUGACAGUAAUGCUAGGUAAGCAAUUUUUGAAGUUUCAGAUCCUAGCUCAAGUCCGCUUUCAAGGAUGGAUAUAAAUUCAAGGGAAAGGGUGGAAUGGUGUUGGAAAGGGGGGUCGCCCAGCAUGUCUUCAGGCAAUUCCUAGAUCUAUCGGGUUCUUCAUCAGCGUGAAGUAAGGAGUUACGCCCUUGGGGCUGCAUGCUUUCCCUUUACCAAAUAUCGGACAAAAAUUCUAUUUUUUGAAAUUUUUGCGUAGAUAAACCUUGCUCCACGCCCAAAAGCCUCAAGGUAGGCCUCGCAAAUCCGAAGAUUCUCCACUCAUUACUGAAAUCGAAGGCAAGGAGUAGAACUGCCAUCCCUUGGUUGAAGACACGGUCGCAAAGAGGCUGAAUUUCCCAUAUCGGAGAUCCUCGGCGAUUGCGUAAAAUUUUAAUUAAAGCAGCGUCAAUCGAAUUUUCUGGUCUCCUGACAAAAAAAUCAUCUCUUUCAUAUUUUAAUUAGAGGUUUGGUUUCCCUGGCGAUAUUAUCCAAACUAUGUCAAAGAAGCAAGAGCCUGGUGGUUUUUCCUCCCGGACUCCUUCCCUUAAGGAAUGGAAUUUUCCAGAAGGGCAUCACUUACCCCAGGCAAUGAGACUGGGACCUUUAGGGAGCCGUUCGCACCCAAGUAAGGGCCUGAGCUUAAAAAGAGCCGCCGAAGCCCUAACUUAAAAACUGGCGACCUUUUUUGGAGAUCACAGUCGGAUUAGCUACACCUUUGGUGGGCGGGCCCAGGUAAAUGGCGUGAAAUUCCCUCUCUGAUGGUGUUGGAGGAAAAUGUGGUGGAGCAACCUUGUAGUGGACGUUAAAUGUGUAUAGAUUAAUCAUAAUUAAGAUUGCGUAAAAAUUAGGGCGAGAGUCUCUCUGUUAAUGAGUUAAGUUAAGAGGGUUUAUUAUGAAGAAUUAAAAGAGCAAAAAAAGGUUUUGGAUGAAUAUGGAAUGGUAAAUAAUAAGCAUCAAGAAGCCAUCCAAGGCUUGGUUUCAGUGGAUGCUGGGCUCAUCAGGAGCAUCAUUGAUUUUAGGAAUGAUUUUGGGGAGGGGAAGCAAAGAACAGAGCUCCUGGAUGGGCAGCUGAAAAGGAUAGAUUAGAUAAGAUUAAAGCUAGAAUGGGUAUUUGGGGUUUAUUUACAUCCCCUCUCCGCCUUCAGGCUCUUCGCCCUAGGCAUCAGUUUGCACUUACGCUCAUUUUCUUCGACGUCACCAAAAAAAUGGUGACGUCGCCAUCUCUUGGAGAGAUGCACCCAGAUACUUCCUUGGACAACUUCUAGCGGUCGGCAUGAUCUAUCUGGGGAUGGGAGAUAGGACACGAUCCCGGAUCCUCCUUCUGACUACAUUACCCUCUGGUUUCCUUGUCUAUUGUGCGGGGUAAACACCCUGCGUUGGUGUUCCUAGCAGGGACAAAAAGGACACAAUUUUUAGGCAUGCUGCCCUCUUAAACCAAAAAAACCCAAGGGUAUGGGAGAAGGACGAAUCGGAUAAGUCACCAUUUUAUUUUCUUGAAAAGUAUAGAAGAAAUACAAAAGUCUCUUGGGGAGAAAAUCCAAGUUCAAUUAAAAGCAUUAAAGGAACUAAAAGAGCAAGGGGACACUAUGAAAAGAAAGCAAGAAUCUAUCCAAAUUCUUAAAGCCAGCGACCUCAUGCAUGCUGCAGAAAGCAUAUUCAAAGGAAGAAGAUACUUGAAAAAAUGCCAGGAAUUUGCCAAAACUUCUCUUGUUAGUCAGCUAAAGCUUAUCAAGACAAUUCCAGAGCUCCAAUCACGAAUAAAUAGUUUUUCAGUAGAGAUAUCCAGAUAUCAAUAA